AACGGGGACAUGAGCAUCAGGCCUAAGAAAUUGUCAUAAACUACUCCUGCAGGUUUAGUAAGUCAAGCUCGAAUACAGUGCACAUUUCAUUUCCGACCCCUGCUUAGUGUUCCUGAAACUAGACGCCGGGGCUGAUUAAUUAAACAUCCUUUUGUGACUGCGGACCGAUCACCGGAGACCUUUCAGCUGUACAAGUGGUGAAAGGCGACAUAAUCUCCCCAUGGAACGAGAUCUCGACUGAGAUUGAGGCAAACGGAGGCACACGGCGGGAAGACCCCAGAAGCCUCCGAGGAGCACCAUGUUUAACCCGCAGCAGCACGAGUCCCCGCCGGUUUUUGGGAAGCCGUGGUACUGGCAGCGCAGCCGCUGCGCCAUGGAGAGCAGCCGCGGCCUGGCGCGCGUCAUCCUGGAGAUGCGCGACGACAUCAGCAAGCUGGAGACGGAGAACCGAGAGCUGCGGGGGGACUGCGGCCGGCGGUCGUUUGGCGCAAAGCGAGGAAGAGGAGGAGGAGGAGGAGGAUGGGGAGGAAGAGGAGUAGGGGGAGCUGGCACGGUGUCUCCGGUAGCGGAGCAUCGCGCGGGAAUGGAGGAAAACCCGAGUGUGAACCUGAGGAGAAACGCGUCUGCGCCGGACCUGGAGGGCCAAUACAAAGAGAACGCUGUCAUGACUGUCCGAAGAUACUCUAUCAGCUCCAGUGUGACCGUGCCAGAGGGAAGGACUGAACGGCCACAGACCGGGGACUCUGGAUGGGGAAGACUACAUGGACGCAUCCAGCAUAGUAGCGGUAACUAUGGCAUUUCAGCCAGAGGAGAAAUGGAAAAAGUAACCAACAGACACUCACUGCAGGAAUAUGUAAACAAAGACAGAACCAAGGGGAAAACGGUCACGUUUCUUUUACCUGUGGACGACAUUUACACCAACCGGCCAGUUCUGACCAAACAUCAGGACGGGCCUAAAAUCACUGAGCUGGAUUCUAUAAGCGAGACAGAUUCCUGAAACAUCAAAAAAAAACUUGAACGCGUGAAAUGAGCCUCGAAAACCAUCCUGUUCAUUUAGCUCAGUGUGCGUUGGGCUCUCAACGAGUGAGUCAGCAGACCGAUUUUGUCACACCUGACCAAACAAACGGGGCACUCUGGUUACAGGUGUUGUUUUCAUCAGGAAUCCAGGUUAACAGUGAUGUGACACGAGGCCCUCAGCAGAGAGGAUCCGAUGUCUGGACUCCUCUGAGGACCUGCGGUGUGGAUUUGGAGUGAGACCCGGACAGCUGUGGCCAGUGACUCAGGCCCGGGGAGCAACGUCUGACCUGUUUAUUUUCCCCAUGUGGUAGUCAAGGGGUCAUGUGUGCCUUUUUAACGCGUGUCCUACUUCUUGACAGUGGUUUCUAAAGAGUAGUGAUCAACACUGUAUCGUCUCUAGUUUCAUGUUUGAAAGCCUCUUAGUAAAUAAACCAGUGUUGGGUAAACUAUUGUAAAAAGGUAAUAAGCUAUUAUAACUUUUGCAGUUUGCAUUUCUUGUGUUUUGCCAGUGGUUGAAACUCAGGAGCUCAGUGAGGCAUGAGCUAAAAUGUCCUUCCUUUCACAACAUCACAUUUUUACUCAACAAUUAUAUUAUAUAUAAUAUGGUAAUUUGAAAAAAAUGAAUAGUGUCAAAUUCAUCGUAAACUUUUGUGCAUUUGUCUCUUUUUGGCAUUUGAAUAAAUUGUUUAUUGCGGUGUAGAAAAGGUCUGUUACCAUAAGAGACAGAUUUGAGAGCACUUUUGUGAGGCACUGAAUUAUUUAGAUAAUUAUUUUUUUUAUGUCUUUUAACAUCGUAGAAUAUUGCAUUUUUAAAUUUCACUGUUAUUAAUAUUUGUAUAUCACACCACUCCUAUUUCUCAAUAUACGUUUCAAAUAUAGUCAACAGUUUGUACACAGUCUCACUGAACUGAAUGAAAGAUCAUGUCCAGACGUACAGUCUUGUUUACCUCUUGUUAGAUAUACUGAUUUUGUUUGUUUAAAUGUACAUCGCAAUCACUGGUGAGCGUGUU